AUGCCACCUCGAAAGAUCAUCCUCGAUACCGAUCCGGGCAUCGAUGAUAUCCUUGCGAUGCUCCUAGCAUGCUCAGCGCUCCCAGAGGAACUCGAGCUAGUACUCAUCUCUGUAACAUACGGAAACAUUGACAUUCAGAACUGUCUCCGCAACGUGGUUUCCUUAUUUCAUCACAUCGACCAGGAACUUGCAUGGCGAGAAGCUUCAGGAAAGCCUGCAGGUUUUCAGACUCUACGGAAGACGAAACCGCUAGUUGCUGUUGGUCCGGAGGGACCACUGAACGACGAAAUGCUUAUGUCGGAUUUCUUUCACGGUAAAGAUGGACUUGCAGGCAUUCACUCGAGCCAUCCUCAUUUAAGCCCAGACCAGACCUGGAAAACGCUCUUUGCAGGACAUGAUAUGCCUAAUGAUGCGGAGACUGCCGAGCUAGCAGCAGAGUUGUCAAAGAAGGACGGAUUGUUUCGACCUUCAUCGACUCCAGCUCACCAAGAGAUCCUUCGCCUACUGCGUGAGAACGAGCCAGAUACGAUAACUAUCGUUGCAAUCGGCCCGCUUACGAACCUUGCCCUUGCAGCCGCGGAGGACACCGAGGUCUUCCUGCGUGUGAAGGAGGUCGUGGUCAUGGGCGGUGCAAUCCACGAGCCUGGAAACGUACGUCCACCACCUAUUCCAUUGCCAUCAGCAGCGAGAGAGCCUCCGUUUCGCCUGAUCAAGCAGGCUCCUGGCUCCAUUAGAAAUGCGCUGAACGAACGUAACCAGAUGAAUCCGGUAGCUGAGUUCAAUACCUUCGCUGACACGUAUGCUGCUGCACGAGUCUACGCCCUUACGUCACCAAACCCGCGAACGACCAUGCCACCUGUACCGCCCGCACCACCAGGUAAGAUAUCAGACGAGGAACCGCCGCCGUACCUUGCGCCGUAUCCUGCAAAGCUUUCACGGCAACUCAAGGUCACGCUCUUCCCAAUUGACAUCACCGAAAAGCACGUCAUAACUCAAGGAGAGUUCGGCAAAACCAUCGCGCCUCUGCUGGCAGCCAAGUCCCCGCUCGCAGAGUGGAUGUCUGCAUUCAUGACUGCCACAUUCGAAAACGUCGGCAAACUUCGCGAUGACGUGAGUGGCGAUAAAGUCUUCCUGCAGCUGCACGACCCGCUCUGCAUCGCCUAUUGCAUGGCUGGCGUGGGGUCAGGAUGGCAGAUCCAGGCUGACGUUGACAUGCGGGUGGAGACGGCAGGGCAGUGGACGAAAGGCAUGUGUGUCGUCGACCGGCGCAGUAGACGUAGGCGAGACGAUGACAACGAAGUGGCGAGUGACAGAGGGACUUGGCUAAGCAACCGAGCUGGCAACCGGAUCGGGAUAUGUGUCGGGACGCCAAUCGAGAAGACAUUCAGCGGCAUGCUGCUGAAGAGGGUAAUCGCAUUGUGA